GCCGCCGCGCGCCCAGGCCGGCGCGGCGCGGCGCUUCUGGUGAAUUCUCGGCGCGGGGCCUGAGGGGAGCGGGCCGGGGGCGCCGAGUCCAGCCGCGCGGACAUGGACGUGUUCCAGAAAGUGGAGAAGAUCGGAGAGGGCACCUACGGGGUGGUCUAUAAGGCCAAGAACAAGGAGACGGGGCAGCUCGUGGCGCUCAAGAAGAUCAGGCUGGAUCUGGAGACGGAGGGGGUCCCAAGCACUGCCAUCAGGGAGAUCUCCCUGCUCAAAGAGCUUAAGCACCCCAACAUCGUCAGGCUGCUGGACGUGGUGCACAACGAGAAGAAGCUGUAUCUGGUCUUUGAGUUCCUGAACCAGGACCUGAAGAAGUUCAUGGACUCCACCCCGGUCUCUGAGCUCCCCCUGCACUUGGUCAAGAGUUACCUCUUCCAGCUGCUGCAGGGCGUGAGCUUCUGCCACUCGCACCGGGUCAUCCACCGGGACCUGAAGCCCCAGAACCUGCUCAUCAACGAGCUGGGCGCCAUCAAGCUGGCUGACUUCGGGCUGGCCCGGGCCUUCGGGGUGCCCCUGCGCACCUACACCCACGAGGUGCCGCGGGACCCGGGGGAGAGAAGGCCAGCUGAGGCGGAGUCACCCGUGUCCUUGGCUGCCCCGAGUGAUGCUGUCUCCUCGUCCCCACAGGUGGUGACGCUCUGGUAUCGCGCCCCCGAGAUCCUCUUGGGCAGCAAGUUCUACUCGACAGCCGUGGACAUCUGGAGCAUCGGCUGCAUCUUUGCAGAGAUGAUGACCUGCAAAGCUCUGUUUCCUGGCGACUCUGAGAUCGACCAGCUCUUUCGCAUCUUCCGGACCCUGGGGACGCCCAGUGAAGCCAUGUGGCCGGGAGUCACCCAGCUGCCCGACUAUAAGGGCAGCUUCCCCAAGUGGACCAAGAAGGGGCUGGAGGACGUCGUGCCCAAUCUGGAGCCGGAGGGCCAGGACCUGCUCAUGCAACUGCUGCAGUAUGACCCCAGCCAGCGGAUCUCGGCCAAGGGCGCCCUCGCGCACCCGUACUUCGUGUCCAGCAAGACCCCCCCGGCCCCCCAUCAGUGUGUGCUGGAGCAUUUGUGCCGCUGAGCGCGUGUGAGGCCACCACCCUCGGGCCUCUCCCCCCCAGCUGCUGCCCCGGCCGCCUGCUCACCAGCUCUCCAAGAAAGAAAAUGUGUCUGGGGAGAGAGCAGGGCUCUAAGGAGUUUGGCAUCAGCCACCAGGGAGCUGAGUUUGGGUUAGUCCUGCUGACAAGUUAGCGAGUUCCUGUGUUGUUCGUGGGGUUCGACCGUGCCGUUUCAAGAUGGGGGUACAGAAGCUCCGUGUAUGAGGGGUGUGUUAGAGGCGGGGUCUCCUGGCAGUGGGGCAACGGGCAGAGGAGAACAGAAUGCCACCCAGCAGAGCCCUGCUCUGCGGGGAAAGGGUGCCCCCUGCUGGCCUCGUUGGGUUUAAAAUGUUUUGGGGAAGAGUUGAUUUCCA